CGCGAGUUCUGCUAUGUGGGUUUGAGUUUCUGGGCAUUUUUCGGCCGUGAGUUUCCCCUGCAAACGCCGCCGGCUUCUUCUCCUUACCAGCUCCGGUUUGCUUGCUGGAAUUCUGGUUUUGAUCGUUCUGUCACCGUAGCACUUGGGUUAGCCUUCUGUUCUGUGCGAGUAAGGUAAGUAAAUUAUGGUAAAGCCCUUCGAUUUGAAAGUAUGUUUUAAUUGUUUUUGAGAUGGUGGCAAGGUUUAAAUUGAUUUUAAAUUGAUUUUAUCAGCAUCUGAAUGUGAUUAAACUGAAAUGGAAAUUGUGAUGGUUUUCAUGAGAAUUUCACUGUUUUCUGGAAUUGAGCAUGAUUGAAAUGAAAAUGAGAAUUUCAUCGUUUUUCUGAAGUUAUUGCACCGAGCAUGAUUGGUUUGAAAUGAAACUGUUUUCAUUGGUAUUGAGUACAGCAUGUCUAUUUGGAAUUGACUGAACUGUUUUAAUGAAUUGAGAGUUUGUAAAUUUUGAGUUUUCUGAUAAAUCCAUGCCCACAUGGAAUUUUUCUGGUUAUUUUUGAAAUUGGGAUUGAUUGUGAAAUCCGGGUUUUUCUGUAAACUCUGCAUGGUUUUGUCUCGGAUAUAGUCAUGAUUACUGAUUACUGAUUACUGUGCCCGCUAGUGGGAGGUUUAUAAACGCUAGCACAUGUUGACAUGUAUUUCUGUAGAACCGGUUCACCCUACCAAUGGGGUUAAACAUUGGUAAUUACUAUCGCCUACCAGUGGGAGUUGUAAACACUGGCACCAUUACUGACGCUUGCCAGUGGGAGUUAUUAAACACUGGCACUUCUGUAACCUUGCCUAUGGGGUUAAACAUUGGCAACUACUGUGCCCGCUAGUGGGAGGUUUAUAAACGCUGGCCAUGACUUAUAGAUGAGACUACUGAACUGAGUUUUAUUCUGCAUGAACGGUUUGUCAUGAAGGCUUUGAUAUUGAACUGAAUCUGAUUCUGUUUUACAUGGUUUGUCUGGCAAGCUUAAAAGUUUUACC